CAAGCGAGCGAGCAGAAAGAGGUUCGGCUGCGAGAGUGGAGCAAUGCCUAAAUCAAAGGAACUUGUUUCUUCAAGCUCUUCUGGCAGUGAUUCUGACAGUGAGGUUGACAAAAAGUUAAAGAGGAAAAAGCAAGUUACUCCAGAAAAACCUGUAAAGAAGCAAAAGACUGGUGAAACUUCAAGAGCCCUGUCGUCCUCUAAGCAGAGCAGCAGCAGAGAUGAUAACAUGUUCCAGAUUGGGAAAAUGAGGUAUGUCAGUGUUCGGGACUUUAAAGGGAAAGUCCUAAUUGAUAUUAGAGAAUAUUGGAUGGAUCCAGAAGGUGAAAUGAAACCUGGAAGAAAAGGUAUUUCUUUAAAUCCCGAGCAAUGGAGCCAGCUGAAGGAACAGAUUGCGGACAUUGAUGACGCAGUAAGAAAGCUGUAAAAUCAGAGCCACAUGAAACCUGUACUGUUCUAGUUGUUUUAAUCUGUCUUUUUACAUUGGCUUUUGUUUUCUAAACGUUAAGCUAUUGUAUAUUUGGAUUGCAGAACAAUUUGUAAGAUGAAUACUUUUUUUUUAUGUGCAUUAUUAAAAGUGUUCUGAGUGAAGCUAAUUGUCAACUUUAUUAAGGAGGAUUGCUUUGUGCCCGCCACCUAGUGUAAAAUAAAAUCAAGUAAUACAAUCUUAA